GUUGAUCCCGGCCAGCCUCCACUUUUAUUGCCCCGUUCGAGCUUCGUGACAUUGAUUGUUGAGACCAUCGGCGCCUCACCGUACAGCUUCCAUUCAACAUCCCCUUGCGAUCAUUGUUACCCUUAGACAAGACAGUUGGAGCGAUGGUCAUUCGAACAUCCCGCCGAUGAGCUCCAUGAUCGAGACCAGUAAUGACUGGGCACGAGAGGAUGAGCUCGACUUGGGCCAGGAAGACGAUGAACGCUCCCCGCCCGCCCACAACGGCGUCUCCGAUCAUGCCAACGCUCAGCAACCACCAGAACAUGGCUCAAUGGCUUACUUCGAGGAGGAUCUCCCCGGUGUAGCCGGCGAAAACCAUGUUUCGGGAAAACCAAGCCCUCCUGUUGACGCCGAUACCACCGACCUGCCAUCCUCGCCGCAGUCCGGGCAGCCCGGCGCUCCCGGUAGCGUGGAUGAGACCCUCUCGACGCCAGAUGAUACCCCUUCUUUGCAUGGCUCUGUUCUAUCGUCGCGAAGCAGCAGCGCGUUAGCCUUCCGCGGCUCUCCUCACCUCAGCCCCAGUCCUUCCCAUCGCCCUUUCGAUCGUCGUUUCCAGUCAAGACUCUCCUCUGCAUCGCCCGUCAGUUUCCGACCGUCAUCCCCGUUUCUAGCCCAGAUUCACUCCCGAAAAUCUUCCCUCACUAGCCAUCUAUCGCCCGGGACCGUGGACUCGGGCGCGGACACGCCUCUGGGCCCGUGGGAUGUUGUGCAAUGGACUAGAUUGAGGAAGCUCAAUGGGCAGGCAUUCUCGGAAGUUGGUAAACGGAACUUUGGACAUCCCACCUGCAUGGUCGUUUCGACGUCCAUCGUGGUUGGUACGUCCAAGGGCAUCAUCCUGGUAUUUGACUAUCAGCAGAACCUGAAGACCAUCAUUGGACUUGGGACAAAGGCAAUUGAAUGUGGUGCGAUCACGUCGUUAGCGCUGUCAGCAGACCACUCGACGGUUGCUGGAGGCCACACUUCGGGCGACAUAUUCACCUGGGAGAUCUCGCGGUCAGCACGGCCUUUCCUCCAUAUUCCCCCCAUACCUGCUAGUCAGAUCGAGACUCGAACAUCGGACGGCCAUAUCGCGGGUGCGCCGGUCAUCCAUGUGGGCUUUCUGGGAACGCGACGGACGGCACUCGUAUCUGCAGAUAAGCGAGGAAUGGCCUUCUCACACCUGGCUACUCGAGGAAUGGGCGCAAUGGGACGGACGGUAAAGACUACUCGGAUUCUGGGUCGCUAUCCUCAGGUUUUCGCGGAAGGCAGCCGACCGCGAAAGCCCAGCUCGGUCCUGGCAUUCUCGCCGCUCCCGCUCGGCAAUGUCGAGCAAUCCACCGACUCGCUAGGUUUGGUCGCCAUGCUUACACCGUAUCUCCUCGUCAUUGUUUCGACGACGCCUGUCGCACAGACACAACACAAGUCGCCCCGUCCGAAAGAAGUUACAGCUCACGGCGCUAUGACUGGGGCCCUUGCCUGGUUCCCCGCCAUCCGGCUCAAGGGCAAAGAUUCGGAGAUUUCCAAGACGAAGCUUGUAUAUUGUUGGUCCAAUGUGCUGACGGUUAUGGACGUCUCGGAGGUGGAAACCGACGAGUCGCCGAGCCGUGAUCGCCCUCCAAGCCUAUCCUUCAGACCCAGGAGCCGAUGGAAGGCCGACGAGGCGAUUGUUGCCGUGCAAUGGCUGAGCCGCUCAGUGCUGGCAGUGCUCACUAUCACACAGCAGUUGCUCAUACUGGAGGACCACACCAUGCGUGUUACGGAGGCCGUUGACCUCCUCAACCGGCACAUCUACCACGUGGAUUUGUUCUCCGCGCAGCUACAUAACUUGGUCGAGCAGUUCAAUGAAGAGGAUACAUCGAUGCAUGGAGUGGUGGCAGACGCCUUCUAUAUGAGCUUCCGCUCUUACAAGGGGCGCCUGUUUCUCUUGGGCUUCAACGAGAUGCUGAUCGGAAGUCUGUCGAACUGGGCGGAUCGGUUGUUGGCCCUCAUGGAAGCUGGUGAAUUUAUCGGUGCGAUCCAGCUGGCGACAUCGUACUAUCAAGGUAGCGCCGAGAAGCUGACCAUUGGAUUACCGGAGGAGGAUGCACUGAGGCAGCCGUUGGUUCGAGAGAAACUCCUGGAAAUGAUCUCGGCUUCGCUGAAGUAUGCCUUUGGGCGGAAUACAGAAGCUAAUAGCGGAAGACUGGGGAAUGGACAGCUUGAGAAACUAGCCGAGGUCUCCAUCGCGGCAUGCGUCUGUAUGUCCGAGGAGGACUUUCUUUGGGACGAGGUGUUUACCUGGUACGAGGAGAGUGGCUCACCGGGGAUAUUUCUGGAUGCGCUCGAACCGUAUAUCGUGGAGGGAACCGUCCGCUCUCUUCCUCCGACUGCCGUGAAGGCACUGAUUAACCACUUCGCGACGAACCACAGCGUUAGCCGACUGGAAGAGAUCAUCUGUCUGCUGGAUACCGCCACGAUGGAUAUUGACCAGACCACUUCGCUGUGUAAGCAUCAUAAUCUAUACGACGCGUUUAUCUACGUCUGGAACCGCUGCCUGGGAGACUACGUGGGCCCGUUGCAGGAGCUCUUGCAGCUCAUUCCGACACCGGAGGCGCUCGUUAAUGGGGAGUCAGUGGAUGGGCUCAAGCGGUAUACUAAUGCGAUGAAGAUGUUCCCUUAUCUUUCCUUCGUUCUUACUGGGCGUAUCUAUCCUACCGGGGCAGACAUGGAUGACGCCGAGGCGACCCGAGCCAAAGCAACCCUGUACGAUUACUUGUUCUCUGGCAAUCAGUCUGGCACCAAAGCAGGGGCUCGAGCUCAACCAGGCGGGUCGUUUCCCGAGCUCCAGGCCAUGCUGCGAUUCGACACAUCCAGUUUCAUGAGUAUGAUGAACGAGGCCUUCGAGGACAGCUUUUUGAAUGACCAAGAACCCGAUGAGACUCAUGUCCGGGGAGUGUCCAUUAACCGCCAAUAUCUUAUCAGCAUUCUGUUACAGGUUAUGACCCAGUCCUUCGAUGCAUCUGAUACCAUCUAUUUAGACAUGUUCCUUGCCCGCAACCUUCCUAAAUAUCCACAAUACAUUCUCCUCCCGGGCAGCACUCUUCACCAGGUCUUGGAACGGCUGUGCCGAUAUCCGAGCCUGGAUAUGGCCGACGAUUGCGAAUUGAGCGCCGAGUACCUGUUGUCCUUCUACCAUCCUCCCAACGUCCAGGGCAUGAUCCCGCUCUACAAGGAAGCACGCUUUUUCCGGAUUCUGAAAGCUACCUACCGCUCUGAGAAGCAGUACCCGGAGCUAGUGCGCACAUACCUUGAAGAUCCGAACGAGCAGGAGGCCAUCUUUACUUGUCUCCAUGACUGCCUUCGUCCUGGCUCAGGACUAGGUAAGAAGCAGCGACGUGAUGUUGUCGACGUGGUCAAAGAGCAUGCUGGCCAGCUGGUCGCCAUCGAUGUGGAGAAGACCGCCCAGACGAUGCAUGGGCUCGCACCGGAACUCCACGGGACCUUCCUUCAAAUCCUCAAAGACGAUACUGGUCGGCAGUACCAGUACUUGGGCGUUGUGGUGCGCAUGUCUCUGCAGUCUGUGGCGGAGGGACGACAGGGCAAGCCCGUUGAGAACUGGAUGGUUGAGCGAUAUGUGCAGCUGCUCUGCAAGUAUAACCCGUCUCGCGUUGCCGACUUUGUAGAUGAUCUACGGGUCGGAGACGUCCGGCUGGAGGAACUGCUGCCAUCCAUGGAGGAGAGUGGGGUGGUGGAUGCGGCCGUGAUAUUGCUGGCUCGACAAGGUCAAGUGCGGGCCGCGAUGGAUCGUCUCAUCACACACCUGGGGACUCUCGAGUCAGGGCUGGUAGGCAUUCUACAGAACCUGCACGAUAGCCCCGACUCGGCCAGUACGACGGAGGCGAUCGACCAUCUCGUUGAGUCCCUUGACAAGUUUACGCGAGUGGGAACCUGGCUUUGUCAGGGGCAAAGCAAGACGGCGAAGAAUUCACGUGCGGUGGAACGGAAUGGCACGGGUAAGGGUAAUCUGGAGCAACCUCUCUCCUUCGACGAAAGCCUUUGGCUCGAUCUUAUCGAGGCCGUCGUGCGGACGGCCAGCAGCGUGUUUGGCUUGGUGCAGCAAGAGCGUGCAGCCCCAGUGACUCCGGCACCCAGCCACUUAAUGUCGGCGUUUCGCGCCCUGGUGCAGCAGGUGUUCACGUCGCUGCUGUCCAGUACGGUGCGGGUUGGCGGAUCGUCAAGCAGCGAGCGGAGCGACGUGAGCUUUCUCCGCAUUCUGCGGGCGUUCCUCACGCGGGCGGCCAGCUGGUCGCCCUCCCUGUUGGAACUGCGGGCGGUACUGGCAUCAAUAUUCUCGGCCUACACGUAUGAGAAAUCCCUGUUGGCACUGGCCAACGGCAUGCUGGACCGGGACCUGUUUGUGCAUGUGGACGAGGUGACGCGGCUACGGCAGCGGGGAUGGCGACCACGCGGGCAGGUCUGUGAAAUCUGCCGGCAGCGCAUCUGGGGACCUGGAGUUGGAACCCAGUUUUGGCAGGCGUGGGAGCAGAAACAGGAAAAGACGCACGAGCAGCGUCUCCAGAAACGACUUCAUGCACAACAUGAUCCGGCGACCGCGCGGGGGAAGGGCAAGGCCGCCGAUGCAGGUCAGCCGCUCCCGCUGAUGGAUGGGCAUGCGGCCCCAGCAGAUGGUGAGGGUGUGAAUGGCGAGAACGCGACGGUGGCUACUGGGCCGGUCGUGAUCUUUUCCUGCCGGCAUCUGUACCACCGGCGAUGUCUGUUGGAGGUUGAUUCAUCGACUACUGCGCAUCCUGCGCAUCCCCAGCACCGACACCAUCAUCAGUAUCAGCAUCAACAUCGUGGAGGACUGUUUCACCGAGGAGGAUCGGAGUGGGAGGAGUUGUUGGCAUGCCCGAUGUGUCCUGUACAUAAUGAACCAGCGAUGGCAGCGUGACGACGAUGUCCUAAUAGC